AGAGAUUAGAGAGUCUAAUUAGGAAAAAUAACACAUAAAAGAGACAAGAGAAUCUAUGAGCACGAAAUACAGAUCCUUAUUAUAAGAAAGCAUUGAAGUAACCCAAAAUAGGUAGGGUAACGCACGCGUAGUGAAAAGCUUCGUAAAACGAAAGAGAAUAGAAGUGGAAGUGCCGAUGACUCGAUGAUUGAGAACAAAGAUAUGGCCGAUGGAAUCACUAACAAAACAACGACGACGUUGAUGAUAUCGAUGUUGAUGAUUCGUACAUCUGAUGACGAUAGCGAUGAGGAAGUCUAUGAAGAAGAUGUCCCUUCGAAAAAGAGACAAAGACUUUUUAGAGGAUCAACAGCUAUCAUCAAGGAGAAUGGGAAAAAGGUGACUGCCAUUUCAACAGGAAAACCGGCUCCAGCUGCAUGGGUUCAACGGGCCUAUUCAAUGCUUGAUGAACUGGAGGAACUUACUGAUGUAGAUGGCAAUAAUGUUGCUGCCGUCUUUAUGAAAUUACCCUCAAGGAAGUUAUAUGCAGAUUAUUACAAAAUUAUCAAGCAUGUUGUUUUAUUGGAUCAAAUGAGGAAACAACUAGAUUCUAAGAUGUUGCUUACGUGGGAUGACUUCAUUGGUGAGGCCAAACAAAUGAUAACCAACGCAGAUACUUACAAUGAACAAGGAUCGUGGGUCAUCAAGUGUGCCGAUUUGAUCGAUAAGCGGAUGAAUGAGUUUAUCGAUCAGUGGGAAUAA